AUGCCGAAGGAAAUCAAGGAGAUCAAGGAGUUCUUGGUCAAGGCUCGCAGAAAGGAUGCUAAGUCGGUCAAGAUAAAGAAGAACAGCAACAACACCAAGUUCAAGGUCCGCUGCGCCACCUACCUGUACACCCUCGUCGUUGCUGUAAGUGUUCAUUUAUUCUUGAAACGAGCAAGCCAGUGAACAUAGAAACUUUUUGUCAUCCGUGAAAGUCUCGCUAUGUUUCGUCGUGUACGCAUUUCUUGACACGUUUUUCGUAGUGUGAAUUGAAAUUCUUGAACUAUUCUAGAUAAGUCGCGAGAAUUUGAAGUUUUCAUUUGGAAAUGUUUUGUCAAUAGUUAGCUUCGUCUGAUAAUACAUCUGAGGUUCAUUGUCAUUUUUUGCAGGACAAGGACAAGGCCGAGAAGCUGAAGCAGUCCCUCCCACCAGGCAUUCAAGUCAAGGAGCUCAAAUAA